CUGGUGACAGCCUCGCCCCCUUGCUCAAGUAGUGCCACACUCAACUUGUCUCAAUAAACUAACUAGACUGUAAUUGGGCUAAAACAUUCACUCAGAAACAGGACCAAAAUGAGCUAGACAAAAUAAUGUGCAUAUAUACUACAUUCCAACACAAACAUUUUAUUGUUAUGUACUGUUUUUAAUUUUAAAAUGUCCUCUAAAAGAGCUAAUAUCUUUAAAGGAAAUUAAUAGUUUUAAUUAAUCAUCUUGAGCUGAAGAAUAAAGAAAGAAAUUAUUUAGUGCUAACAAUAGUAGUUACACGCUGUUUGGAGCACGCGAAAACACAAGUCCAUAGUCAGUCGAUGGCCAAUGGUCGCAAUAUCUUUGGUACUUUUAAGUUUUCCUAAUUCACAAAAUGGAUACCUGCAAUUACACUUUAAGGAUACAUUCGAGCAUCCAAUUUCGUAUCCAAUAAAUGAAAAUGUGGAUUAGAUGCAGAUUUGUGUUUCAGUUUCUCCUAGUUCAAGUUGUGAUCUGUCAAAUUCAAUAUGAUUGCCCGACGGGGUGGGUGGAGCAGGGUAGCACCUGCUACAACUUUCAUUACUACCCUAGCAGAAGUUACAGCGAAGCUUCUAUAGCCUGCCAGGUUGAUGGAGCGUACCUACUGAGUAUCAACAACCCAACAGAGUUUGGCUUCAUUUCUGAUUGGUUAACUCAACAUGAUCAGAACAGAGGAAACCAAUGGUGGACAAGUGGAGUCGGUGGAGGUGCCAACUUUCGGUGGGAAGGGGACGGAACUACAGAUGCGCCCCUGAUUCACUACUGGGCGGAUGAGUCGGAGUUUACCUCCCUUCUUAACGGCGACGUAGCCGUGUAUGCGUUUCAUUCUGUGUCCGGCGUGUUUAAGUGGACGCGGGCCAGACGGGAGGCUAUCCUGCCUUACAUCUGUGAGAUAAGUACGAGCGAAGCCUACAGAGUUAUCCAACAAGACAGAGAUCACAUGUUUGGCACCAACCUAACAGAUCCCAAUGAGAUCAAACGAGGACCUACAUUUCUUGUACAACCUCAGACCACUGUCAUUGUGGGCGAAGUGGCCCAGACCUAUAUUGAGUGCAUAGCACAAAGCAACCCACAACCUAUAUACGUCUGGUACAAGAAAGUCCGCAAUGACCCGCCUGUCCUGGUGACGUCCGAUGACCACUACAUCAUCACUAACGGGAAGUUCACCAUCACCCAGCCCACCGAGUGGAAGGACGAGGGUAGCUACCAGUGCCAGGCGCAGAAUGAACUCGGAACGAUCUUAUCAGAUCCAGUGGAUAUCUACUUUGGAUAUCUGUUUGAAUUCUCCAACGACCCACCAGGAUCUGUGACAGCUUUCCAGUACAAGGGCACAGUGAUGAACUGUAAAGCCCCAGCCUAUAACCCAGCUAUAGACAUCAAGUGGUACAAGGAGGAUGGGGGCCCCAACUUCCUGAGAACUGACCUACAUCCGCAUUUAUUUGUCUCCAUGAAUGGACAUUUUUACAUUUCAGAAUCAGCUUCACAAGAUGGCGGAUUCUACCAUUGCGUGGUGGCUCUAAUGCCGCCUGUUGGUCAAAUCAUGUCCACUUCCCAGCCACCCAGCAGGACCAGUCUCGGCAUAGAGCUCAUCAUCAAAGGAGAUUCUCCUAGUGACUAUGGCCCAGAGAUCCACAACGACUUCCCAGCGGUGUUUCCUACGCCUGCGUUGAGAGGAGACACUUUAACUCUAGAGUGCUUCGCCUACGGAAAGCUACCACUGUACUACUCCUGGAGGAAAGAUAACGGACCAAUACCAAGCAAGUCCCAGUACUCAGAACACAAUCGUGUCAUCACUCUGCCCAAUGCCGAGCUAGAGGAUGCCGGGAACUACACUUGCCAGGUAGACAGAGGCAACUCCGCCAAGGCUGAGAAAUCAAUCAAUGUUAAAAUAGAAGCCAAACCGUUUUUCAUCUUUCCAUUGAAAGACCAGCACAUAGACAUAGACAGACAGUUUACAUGGCGGUGUGAAGCAAGAGGGAUCCCCCAGCCCGUGUACCACUGGUACAAAAAUGGCGUGCUGAUAACUGCUGCUGAUACCACAGUCGAGGUGAAAGCUAACGUGCUCAAGAUUGCCCAAGCCCAGCCGUUGGUUCAUCAAGGCAUGUACCAGUGUUCCGCUUCCAAUAUCCACGGGACUGUAUUCACGUCUGCUCAACUUCGAGUCUUAGCCUUCAAGCCAUCUUUUAGGCGAAGACCUUUAAAUCCGACUCAACUAGGAACUGAAGGAGGCUCUCUGACUUUUAUUUGUCAACCAGAGGCUGCCCCAGCCCCAACUAUUACUUGGAAGAAAGAUAAUGUCCCUUUGACUGCUACUGAUCCUGACGGAAGAAUUGUACAGUUGCCCAACGGGAACUUGUUUAUGAAAGACCUGCAACGAAGUGAUAGUGGAACCUACGAGUGUACAGCGACUAAUAGUCUUGGCUCUGACAGCAGCCGUGGUGUCCUGACAGUAUCGUCUAAGACUGUUAUGACAGUGAAACCCUCCAACACUCAAGUCCAAGUCAACGCCACUGCCUUCCUGCGAUGUCAGGCCUCCUAUGACGAGGCUCAGAAAGACAUGGUCUACGUCUGGGAUCUCAACGGUCGACCUAUCAACUACGCGAUAGAGCCACAUUACGUCUUGGGAACCCAAACCUCUCUAACGGGGCUGUACAUAACCAAUGCACAAGUCUACCACACAGGAACUUACGGCUGUUCAGCUGUGACGUCUGAUGAUAGUGUCAGGCAUACAGCUUACCUGCAGGUGUUUGGUCCCCCGGGAGAGUGUGGCGGUGUCAUUGCCAAGAUCACAGACCGUGACGCCACCAUCAAGUGGGCACUGGGCCCCACCAACAUGGCGGAGAUCACCAAGUUUCGAAUUGAGUUCAACACCAACUUUAAUGAAACCUGGAGGAUGCUCAAAGAUGACAUUGCCUAUGUCGAUGCCGUUGACCACAACAGAGAGGGGAGAUGUAUUUAUGAUGUGCCUGGACUCAAGCCAGGCUCGUCCUACAGAUUUAGAAUCAUCGCCUACAACAGAUAUGGAGCCGGGCCUCCGUCCUUGCCUUCAUCUCUUUACAAAGUUCCGGACGCCGCCCCAGUUGCUAUGGUGACAGGAAUCAGAGAAGGUUGGGGUCCAGUUGGAAUUCUGGCCUUGGAAUGGGAUCUCCUGGCACCCGAAGAUCUGACGGGCAACGAUGUUGGGUAUAAAAUUUACUACAGGAAAAAAUCGACAUCGCUGGAUGCCAAAUGGAAUCUUGGAGAAGUGUUUGAAGAAAACAAGUAUGCAGCUACUGUCGGAGCGGACAACUAUUAUUUAGAGUACGAGGUCAAGAUAGCAGGCUUUAACAGCAUCGGUCAUGGUCCUAACUCUUCAGUGGUCAUCAUCAUGUCCCAGGCUGACAUGCCACUCGGUGCGGCUACACAAGUAUAUGUUGAGUCGUACAAUGCUACGGCCCUGGUAGUACGCUGGACCCCUAUCCCACUGUUGAGAGAGUACAUCAGAGGACGAGUCGUUGGUUAUGGGAUCAACUACUGGAGGCCUGGCGAGGGCAUGGACUCAUCCAAUAUGUACUGCUAUGACGACUGCGGUUCUGAGAUCCUCGUUGGGCUGGAGCCAGAUUCCUACUACUGGGUCAACGUGCAGGUUUUCACCACAGCGGGGAUGGGAACCCUCAGUGAAGACGCCUAUGGCAAAACCUUUGGGUCUCAGCCUCACUUUUACCCCAAAUAUGUUCACGUCAACUCGUACAAAGGGAACGCAGUGUUCGUCUUGUGGAAAGGUGUGAGCAAUGCCAGAAGUGAAGAGCCUAUCAUUGGAUACAAGCUCCGCUGGUGGCCGUCUACAGAAGACAUAAGAAAGGCCAAUAUCACUGUGAUAGCCCAGAAGAAGACGACGGCUGUCAUUCACGGCAUUAGAAAAGGCAUCGUUUACUCUCUCCGGGUGAUGGCCUACAGUAAUGGAGGGGACGGAGUCAGCAGCCCCACCACGUAUUUUACACUGGAGGGACAAGUGAUGUUUAACCCGGAGACAACGGAUAUCCUCAAUGCUGCUCUACCGACUAGGCCUCUCAAUAUAUUAUUAUUAAGUGCCUCGGUUUUAUGUACAUAUUUAGCAUUAGAUAGAUAAUGUGUUGAACUCAAAUGCUCAAUAUAGGUCUAUAUUAGGUCUAUAUUAUGUCUAAUUACUUUUUUUUUCAAAAUGCAAUUUAUAUGGUUGUUGAUUGCUGAACUAAAAUGCUUCCUAAUCAAUCGCUUAAGUAUUCUCUUUAAAAAUUGUACAAUGUAUAAGAUCGGUCCCCACGAUGAUCUGCUAGCUACUGUCUUUAGUCUUAGACUUAGGUCCUCCCGCGCUGUUUGGCGCAUUGGGCGGCAAGCAAGCUGUCUCCAUAAAGAUCUGUCAUUGGCAAUGUCUGAAGCCUACUCCCACCUGGUGUCCACUGUUCUGAGGUCCUCCAUGAAGGUGUGUCGCCAGGUAAUACGAGGACGUCCCUGUUUGCGCUUUCCUCGUUUUGGCUUCCAUGUUAUCGCAACUCUUGGUAUACGUAGUUCAUUUUGACGUAGAACAUGUCCCGCAAACCUCAUGCGACGCUCUGUCACAACCUCACAAAGUGUUCGACUCCCAGUUCGGCAUAGGAUUUCCUUGUUUGAGACCCGAUCUGUGUAACUGACUCCCAAAAUCCGCCUCAGCCUUUUUUGUUGAGGCACAUUUAGCCUUUUCUCAAUUCUGACAGAUGGCUUCCAUGUCUCACAUGCAUAUGUUGCAGUUGGAAUGACGAUUGUGUUGAGAAGGUGUAUUUUUGUCCCAAGCCCAAUGGCUAGGCUACUGUCAAAAGACGAUAACUAAAUCUGUAUGGUCAUAUCAUAAAGUCGUCAGGGCUCGCAAAAACCUUCCUUCAGGGAACAGUACCAGGAAAAAGAAGAAGAAGAGGCAGACAGAGGUAGCGGACACUGAUGUGUCAGGAUUUUGAGGCUUAUCCUCUCCUCAUUUCGCCUGGUGAUCUCCCCUUGAAAGGAUCAUGAACUAAGUAACUGAAUGAAAUUAUGAAUGUUGGUGGCAUUUAUCUCCCUUGCUUAAAUUAUAUACGUUUACAUCUGUAAUCUUUGUAAGUAUAAUUAUAGCAUAAUGAAGACUAUGUAAGUGGCUGCUUGUUUGAACGUUUGAGCUUUGAAAAUCGUCGCUGCUUGUUUGAUUUCUUGAUCUGUUCAUUAUGCAUAGAAAGCCACACCGUGAACUUUGGUCAUCAGUCCAAUAUGAGCUGUCUAGAAAUGAAUAAAACAUAACAUGACUCAGUGCUUAGUGUUUGUUGUUAUAUCAUGUUAA